AUGACUGCUAAGCGAAAGAGUAUCCACCGUAGCACUAGACCUGUUCUAUGGGCCCUGCUGGAAGACCGUAUUCUUAGUGAGCUUCGCGAAUCUCGAGCUCACUUUAUCGACAAGUAUCUCUCAGGGUCUUUGAAUUUGUCACAGAUUCCAGCCCCGAGCUGCUUGGAGGAUGUUGGUUUCAUGCCGGCGCCUCGACCUUACGGAGACUCGGGAACAAAUAAACUUGUUAAGGAAUUGCAAGCACUUCCCCACUGGAAUGCGCAAAAGGUGUUCAAAGAUGUGAUAAAAUUGUUACGUAAAUCGUUCGCCGUAUCAGGCGUUUCUAUAUCCCUCAUGGAGACGAACAAACAAGUAGUGAAGUUUGAAUCUUCCUUCGGCCUUGAUCAUGUCCCUCGUACGGUGUCAAUUGACGGACAUGCUAUUUUGUCCAAAGAUUAUUUUGUUCUUUUGGACACCACCAAAGAUUGGAGAACGAGAAACAAUCCUUUUGUCACGGGUCCACCUAGGAUCAGGUUUUACUGCGGUGUUCCUCUUAUUUGCAAUGAUAUUGCUGUUGGGGUCUUGGCUAUAUUUGAUCCCUUUCCCAAAUCCUCAUUUGAUACCAGGCUUACAAGAGAGUUACAGAAGCAUUCUUCUGAAUUGAUACAGUUCUUGUUGUCACCCUACGACGUAUCAAUGACUGCUAUCGACACGGCAGAUGAAUUGAAAGAAUUGCAAAGAAGAUUCGGACGAGCUACCAGCCGAGGUUCGGAAAUGCUGGUUUACGAAAAAGAUGGCUCUGGCAGUUCAUACGCCCAAAAUCAGAAGUUGCGCUUUCAAAGGUUGGAUUCAGCGAGCAAAGAUGAAGAAAUGAACAGGAUUCUCUGGAGAAAGCUAGCCAACGCGGCAAGUCUCCGAACUGCUGCUACUGUUUUGACCAAAACCUUGUUGAUCAGCCACAAGUUAGACAUGGUGGUUGUUUUGGAGCUUCGAAUCACCGAACUCUACAGUAUAAGCAGCACUUACUUUCCAUAUCUGGGUAAAGUAGAUGCCGACUCAUAUAGAUAUCGUGACAUGCUCGCAAGAAAACCUGGCACUAAGGAUGUCAUGACGAGGUUGAUGGGAAGUUAUGGAGGAUCUCAAACAGCUACUUUUGACAGCACCAUGAUUGAAAGGGCUUCUUAUUCUCAAGUCGGAAUGUUUUACAAGAAUUUGCGAGGCCACACCACGUAUAACAGCGGGAUCAUCAUGCCAUUUCACAAGCAAAAAACUCGCUUAUCAAAGUGUCCUUCAAACCAAAACGAGGAGCCCAUUAGUGUUCAGCUGCGCUCCGGAGCGUAUUUGAUUGCCUUGUUCAGCCAAGAUCCGAGUUAUGACUUCAGCGCAGGUGUAAUCGAUGCCGCGUAUAACGGAGCAAUGUUGUUACGCCGGAUCUACAUCGACACAUAG